AUGGAACCCUCCACCUACAUCUACAACCUCCCCACGUCCUACCUCCCCUAUCCCGAAAGCCGGUUGUUCUGGGCCACCCGCAUGGCCAACCUACACCUAGCCUUUGACCUCAUCCGCCGCUUCAAACUCAACACUCCGCGGCACAUCGCAUCAUGGGAGGAAUUUCUACUCCAUGUCCCUCACCCAGAGAGCCAUCCCAUCCAUGUCCAAGAAUGGCCGAUGAAGGGCGUCAACAACUUGUUGGUCAUCAUGGAGACUCUACGAAGUAUUUGCAAGUCACCGAUCUUUGCGUUCGAAGGGUUGUUUAUCCUUGAGCCGUGGGCGUUGUGGUACUUGGCUGCGGCGAUGGCGCAGACUUGGACGAGGGAUCCGGUGGGGCUGAUUAGCGGGGUGCCGGAAGACGUGUCAACUGAGGAGCUGCAGAGGUUGACGAAGGAGCUUCAUGUGGAGAUUCGGAAAGUGAGCACCAAAAUCUGGGUUGCCAAUUUUGCCUAUUAUCAAUAUAUUCUCUGUUAUCGAUGGCACGACGUCCAAAUUGGAAAUAUGAAGGAUAGCUACGACGGAGGCCAUCAAGAUGCAACUGAACAUCAGGAGUAUGUGGAAGACGUGGAAGACGUGGAAGACGUGGAAGACGUGGAAGACGUGGAAGACGUGGAAGACGUGGAAGACGUGGAAGACGUGGAAGACGUGGAAGACGUGGAAGACGUGGAAGAUGUGGAAGACAACGUGGAACACGAUGCGCAAACAGGCGUGCAGGAUGAAAAGGCAACGGAGGUACGAAGUGACAAGGACCACGACAGUGGCUAUUGGAGUAUGGAAGAGGAGACUCAGGAGGAUGGCAAUAACGCUGACGAUGACGAUGAUACCUCUAGUGACGAUGAAGCGGUGUUGACUCCUUCCACAGAAUCGGACGUCGGAGAGACGGAGUGUCGUCAAGAGCGUGAGUGGCCUCGAGAGCUUGAGUGGCAUCCAGGAUUUGGACCUUAUUCGAAGAUCGACUGCCUGAUCCAAGACGCCAAUAAGGCCAUUGGUGCUCUCCGUGGCUUCAAGCUUGACCCUCAUCUACAGACUAACUGUCGUCCGAUGUAG